AUGGGGGUGUUAGCUAGAGAAGAGAGUGAUCAAAGAGAUAACCUAUUUCAUGCUAGAUGCAAGAUAGUGGACAAGGUGUGCUCCUUGAUUAUUGAUGGUGGGAGUUGUACGAAUGCGGUGAGGCAAGUCUUGGUUAAACACAUAAAGUUUCCCACAAGGAAGCAUCCUAGUCCCUACAAGCUCCAAUGGUUCAAUGAGUGUGGUGAAAUGAGGGUGACCAAGCAAGCCGUUAUUAAGUUUAGCUUUGGGAGGUAUCAAGAUGAGCUCUUAUGUGACGUAGUACCAAUGCAAGCGUGCCACAUCUUGCUUGGGAGGCCUUGGCUAUUUGAUAGGGAUGCGCAACAUAGUAGGAGGUCCAACAAGUAUACUUUUGUGCUUGGAGGUUGGAAAUUUGUUCUUGCUCCAUUAACACCCUAUCAAGUAAGUGGAGCUUAUAGAAUCAUGAAGGAACUCCGAGAGAGGGUUCAAGUGGAGGAAAUGGAGAAGCGUGAGAAGGGAGCCUUGGUGGCUAUUGGUGGAGAAGGAUCAUCUCAGGAUGGAUCCAAGAGGUGUAUGUUGGCUAAGCCAAGCAAUUGUUUGAAGGGAAUGGAUGAGAGACACUUUAUGGUGUGCCUUGUAAACAAAGAUCUUCUUUUGCAUACUAACCAAACUACUAGCACUUUGCCUAGUAGUGUGACUUCUCUUUUGAAGGAAUAUGAUGAGCUAUUUUCGGAGGAGAUGCCUGAUAGAUUACCUCCAUUGAGGGGUAUUGAAUAUCAAAUUGACUUUGUGCCAGGUCCACAAAUUCCCAACAAACCGGCAUAUAGGAGCAAUCCGGAGGAAAUAAAAGAAUUGCAAAGGCAAGUUGAGGAGCUUUUAGAGAAGGGUCUAGUGAAGGAAAGUCUUAGCCCAUGUGUCGUUCCAGUGAUUCUUGUUCCAAAGAAAGAUAGAACUUAG